UUAAGCGGUGAACUAUUUAUUUUUUUUUUGAGUGCUACAUGAAAAGUGUGAAAAAAGGUUUUAGAUAUGGACGAAAAGUCACUUCAAUCGAUGGCUAAUUCCAGCGAAUCAAGAACUCAACGAAAGCGACGCCACUCUGAGUUUGAUGAACAGCUGAAUACCAGCUGCGUGCCCGCUCCGAAAAAUGGAGUUGUGGCGGACUACAUUCCUUCUACGAAGAUCCGAGGCAUCGACUCUAGCAACAAAUUCUCCCUCACAGAGUUUCCCGAUGAACUGCUUUAUGAAAUUUUCAAGAAUCUCGACUCUUGGUCAUAUUUCCUCCUUAUGAACUGUUGCAGUCGUUUUUGUUCACUAUUAAUGGAUCGCCGUUUUUGGCAGCAUAUCGAUCUCAGUGAGCAGAUACUGCCGCUUGGCAUACUUGAAGAUGUUAUGGAGCGCACACAUAAAGGCACAACUUGCCUGAAGUUGCGUGGUCCGCCGCGGGAAUAUUUAAGUACUGAAAUAAAGAAGUUUAACAAAACUUUGGCUGAUAGCUUUGCCUUGCGGUGUACACAAUUGAGUAUUUUAGAACUACGUGGCGUUACUGUAGAUCUAGGAAAUGUACGCAUUGUGCAUUUUCCUCAAACCUUAAAACGGCUUGUUCUAACAGAAUGCAAUAUCUGUAAACUACCACAAGAGCAGACUAUAUUUUGUGGAAUACACACACACUUAGUACAUUUAGAGGAACUUGGAAUUGAGUUUAGCAAUUGGUUUGAGCCUUAUUAUAUAAUGAUGAUAUCAAAGAUACCUUCACUUCGUUGGCUUAGCUUAAAAGGUUCUCCGCGUUUGGGGGACUUUAUUCCGUAUGGCAGUAUGGCGGCGCGCUUUGGAUUUAAAAAAUUAGAAUACUUGGACUUGCGGUUUACACCCGUAUCAGAUUCUGAUGUGCAAUGUUUCAAUGUCGUGCCAACUUUGAAGGAGCUUCUUCUUGACUGCCCCUUAAAUUUGCGUGGGAACGAGACAAAACCAAACUCAGAAACCAAUGCCGAGCGUAAGGACACCGAUGCCUAUGAUUGUCAGCCCUCUACGUCGAAAGCGUCAUCCUCCCUGGCAGAAUUAAAUACCUUUCUUAAUUCUAAUAGUGAGGAAGACUCACCCAAUACUUCUACACAAGAAGCACAACAAUCAACAGAUGAUGAACAGCCAUCUUGUUCGAGCCCACAACUUUCGUCGGGCUCGUCUUCUUCUUCGUGCUCUGCGUGCUCGCCGCCAGCAUCACCUCCACUCCCAAUUUGCAAUCUACCUUCGAUUGGUGGUAAUUUACCUUCACGUAGCCGAUUUUUACCAAGACCAGACCAAGUUAUUUUGCUUGAGUUUUUAAGCCGUCGGCCACAUAUACGGCAUGUUCGGCCGCCAGUUAUAGAUAAUCAUUUCGAUCAAAUGAUGCAACACCCACUAUUCUGGAACAUAAUAAAUCCUUUGGGACGUGGUAGUGAAUCGAAUUGUUCCAGUUCCUUGGCAGGAUCAGUACCACAUUUCAAUCAUCACUCGUGCUUUCGACCAUGCCCUAUUUCGGAUCGUGCCAUUUGUUGUUUUGGCAGGCCACAAGAUCCGGUUGAACACGGUAUAAUUUGGAUACGCAUUGGCAAUCGCCCGGCCGAGAAUAGCUUUGUAAGACUUAGUGUCCGAAAUUAUAAAAAAGUUACCGAUAUUUCGCUGGAGCAUCUUGUUCAAUGUUCACCUGAGCUGAUCUAUCUGGACUUGAGUGGCACCAGUGUGACACGUGAAGGUGUGCAACGAUUUAAGGCCAGGAAACCGGAUUGCCAAAUCAUAACCGAUCACCUUGUUGAGGACGCUGAUUGUCCCGGUCAAGACUUGACGUCGGACUAAUAAUUAAGUACGUUUUUAUAGUUGGUGCUGUAUUAUUUUGCCACCUAACCUACUUAUGUAGAUAUUUUUACUUGUAAAUCAAACCAUUUGCAUAGAUCGUAAACAGUUGCUACAGCUCACGAAUAUGCGUUGCACAAUAUAAUCAACGUAGUAUUAAUUAUCUAUGUAUGUGUAACUGAUCUCCAUUGACGCAAAUAAGUAAUUUUGGUUACUAAGCUCAUGCGAUUUUUGUUAACCAAUUUUAUUCAGACAAAUUGCAAGUUUACAUGCAUAUGUAUGCACAUACAUAUAUAAAGUAUAAAAAAAAAAU